AUGGCCUCUGAAGAACACGGUUCCUGGCUCCAGAAUCAAUAUUAUAAAUAUAUACCUGCAAAAAAGAGAUCAGACAUAAAUCAUGUGAAUAAAGGUCGCACUGCUUCUGAAACGUAUUCAGGACUAGCGGGGGUGCUAGACGAAGAGGAACAAGGCUCGUCCCAUCUUCCAGAAGAAGUUCCACCUGAAGGCUGUCGCUUAACCAUCUUGAAAUAUUUUAUCAUCCUAGCAAAAAUUGAAGAUAAACAGAUUCACUUUCAUACAAUUGACAAACUUUUCAGUGAAGGCUGCAAUGUGAAUGAAGUGGACAGAUAUGGUCAGACAGUGAUGCAUGAGGUAGCUAAAAGUUGGCACACAGAAGUUGCACUAUUUUUGAUUGAAAGAGGGGUUGAUAUCAACAAACCUGACCAAUAUGGUGUCACCCCAUUACACGUGGCUGCUGCAGUGGAUUAUCCAGAGAUGGUGAUACUUUUAUUAAAACAUGGAGGCGCUAACAUCAAUGCAGUUACAAAUGCAAAGCAAACACCAUUACAUUAUGCUGCUAAAUACGAUGCCAUGAAUUCGGUGAAGGUUCUGCUGAAGAAUGAUGCGGAUGUCUGUGCAAGAGACUACAAGCAGCGCACACCACUGCAUCUAGCAGCAGAACUAGAUCGUAGUGAAGCUGCCCGUCUGCUCUUACACCUAAAGUGUGAUGCAAGUGUUCAGGAUGAUACUGGGCUGUCUUGUCUAACGUUGAUGGUUUUGAACAUGCCGCCUAUUGCAUUUCUUGCAUUGGAUCAGUUUCACAUUAAAGACCGACCGAACAGGAGGCAGCAUUUCUUAUUAAAUCAUGUAGAACCACAGACCUCAGGAUUUCAUGGAACACAAGCAAAAUCUCCACUGGAAGUUAUCGUUCAGUCUCGCCAGCUGGAUAUUAUUAUGCACCCUGUAAUACAGAAAUUAAUCGAAAUAAAAUGGAAUAGAUUUGGCAGAAAGAAUAUAGCAAUAAUGCUGGCCUUAAACCUCCUCUUCAUCUUGUCAUGGACGGCCCUUGGGAUAGCAUCAUCUCUUACGAGGCCAGAAGAAACCCCAUAUAUAUUCCCAGAAGACAUCUGGCGAAUCAUUGUGAUUUUUAUCGCAUUGGGACUCACCUUCUAUCAGAUUGGAGAAGAGUUUAAAGAAAUGUAUCAGUCAAAGAAAAAAAUUCAACUUUUUAAAGACUGGAGAAAAAAGGAACUAGAAAAAGAUCUGAAAUAUUGUCAUCCUAUGUGGCCUGAGGAAAAAGAAUACCUUGAAAAAGGAAUUGAAGAUGUAAUGGGAAAACGAGCUGCUUAUUUCAAGGAUUUCUGGAACGUAUUUGACUGGAUAGUGUAUUUUUUACUUCUUGCUGUGAUCCUGACCCACAUUGCAGAUAUAGUUGUACGUAGCAACACAGACCUGCACAUUUCUCAUGUUCGUGUAUUUGCUGUGACCAUUAUUUUCCUCUGGCUGCGACUGAUGAAGCACGCGAGGGCCAUCCGACUUCUGGGCCCAUUCAUUGUGAUGCUUGGAAAAAUUGUGGCUGAUGUCCUUAAAUUUCUAUUUUUAUAUGGAGAAUUUUACAUUCCUUAUGCCUGUGCGUUCUGGAUCAUUUUUGGAGGGUAUGUGGAUAACAUGAAGAGCGUACCCCAGAUGAUGUUUACCAUUUUCCGGAUGACCUUGGUUGACGACUAUGCUUUUUCCGAUAUGUACAAUGUUGACCCAGUCAUGGCCUAUAUACUGUGUGGAACCUUCUUAGGAGUUUCUGCUAUUCUCUGUGUUAACUUACUAAUAGCACUGCUUGCAGACACAUUUCAAAGGGUUUACGAUAACGCCACUGCAAACGCAGCCAUGCAGCAAGCCAGCAUGUUGCUACAAAUAGAAGAAAAUCUUAGCAAGAAGAGAAAGUACAAAUUUGAAAAAUAUCUACACAGCACAUGUUCACCUCUAACCAUCUUCUACGAUGAUGAUCUAACUCUAAACCAAGAUGAUGACCUGAAAAAAGUGACAAUUCAAAUUAAGGAAGAACUGGGUGAGCUGAUGCAAAUAGUAAAAGAGAGGAAAGUGAAGAGUGAAAUAGCAAGUGUGCAGAAAAAGCGAACCAUCAAAUUGUCUGCUAGUCCGACCCACAAUCCAGCUAACAGCCUCCAGAGGCCAACGGUUAAUCAACAAGAAAAUUCAUUAUUAGCAAUGUUAAUGGCAAGUCAGCAGGAUCAAAGGACAGCCCUGCAGCAAAUGAACCAGAAGCUACAAUCGCUGGAGAGAAUGAUUGUUCAACUCACCCAGACCCGUUCAGAGCCAGUUCUCCAAACGUCACUUGCUUGGGAGGAUGUGGACACGCAGCCAAUGAGCACAGUCACAAGCAUGGAAAACAAUCCAAGGACUGGCCGAAUGACAUUUACUGCAACACAAGAACAAUAUAGUGAGCCCACAUCUCAUGUUACAGUGGAUAUUAUUGGCAGAACCAGAGAACAAUCUUCAGCCAAAGACGAUUGAAGAGGACUUCAAGAAGACAAAAAAACAGGACAUAAAUAAAUAUUGGCAUCUAAAUGUGUUGAAUGUGCUGUGGAAGUGCAUUUCAAAAUAUCAAAUGGAGUUUACAGAGCUUUCCCUUCAUGAUAUCAGUUUUCUCCACAUCAUUGUGCUGAAGGCACAACAUCUCGCACAGGUCUUGCAACUGGCAUCAUAUUAUAGGGAACAUAUUUAAAAUCAAUGUAACUUCGAUAGUGAACUUGGAAAUAAUUGUGAUAUUGCUCAGAAAGUCCAAACAUUGCACACAGUGCACUGAAAUAUCCAAAGUGGACCAAAUAUGUAAUGUUUACUUGCAAAAAUAAUGCGCUUAUUUGCUACUUUAAUAUGUUUGUAUGAUUGUAUGAUAUCUGGGUUAAAUGUUUAUUGUACAGAUAUUUUAAAAUAUAUUUCUUAUUAAUCACUGUAUGACCUGGUUUACUACCUCAAUGGCGCCAGAAUAAUGGAAUUUGAGUCAAAAUGGCAAUGCAAAAAAUGCCUGUUACAAUGUCAUUGGCAGCCAGAGACCUUUUGCUUCAUGUUGUGUUCCGUUAUGAAGUCACUAUUUUGUCUCAGGUGUCAUUUUGAUAGCACCAUUUUCCAUUUUGUUUUUUACCUUUGGAUAAUAGGUUUCAUAUCUCUAAUUUCUUUAUUGGGAAGACUGUUAUUGUGAAAGUUAUUUAUCAUAAAUUAAGACUAACUUUGCUACAUAUUGUCAAAGGGCUAUAUUUCUGAUAUUUUUACCUAAAUAAAAAAUAACUUUUUUUCAUA